GGGGAAGCGGGAUUAAGCUGCAAAUUCUCUACGACUGCACUUCACGCAACUUUCGCAGCACACUGCGGUCCCGGCGCUCUCGGAGCGGGGGUCACUGCGGUGACAGAUUCUCUACGACUGCGGGUCAGCACGCCUGCAAGCAGCAUGGGUAAGAAACAUAGAACCAAGAAGGAUCCGUGCCCCAAGGGCUGCGGCGGGAGAUUUGCGGCCGGUCCCAUGGUAGCACACCUGAAGAGCUGCGGCCGCAACACGCCGCCGCCGAGCCAGACCUACACGCUCUCGCCGGACGAAGAUGUCUGGCCGAACUCCGAGAUUAGAUGCGUGCUCUGCGGGGGCCAGGCCCCGAUGAUCGCGCACCCUGUUACCAAAAAGCUCUUUGCCAGCUGCGCCAAGUGGUACGACCCGCGGCACCGAGACCGCGACGCCGCGCGGCGGGCGAGAAACGACAGCAAAGCCGCGCGGAGCGCCUUGGGCGGCCACUCCAUGAUUCAGGCGCGCGGCGACCAGAUCAUUGAGUGGCGCGCGCGGAUCGAAUCGUUGAACGGCUCGCGGCUAGACGAGCUGGUCGCGUUUACGUCAGAGAACCAGGACUGGCGCACCGACGACAACCGCUCCGUCCUCUUAGAAGCGCUGGCGCGGCGCGUCGAGAUCACCGACAAGGAAGGCUACUACUCGCGGCUCGAGACGCGACUGGGCGAGGUAGACCCGGCGGACGUGCCGAAGCUGUGGGGCGGCACGAACUACCGCGAGGUCUGCCAGAGCGUCCAGACGCUGGUGCGGUGCCCGCGCGGCGACCCCAUGUUCGGCCGCCUCCCGCCGCUCACCACUUUAUUGACAUUCGGCACUGUAGAGUCCAGCCUGCUCGCGCUCGUCGACAAGGAGGUGCGGCGGAUCAGGGCGUCCAUGCGGAAGGCCGCGUCGGGUGCAGCGUCGCGACACGUUGUCCGUGAAAGAUCACGUCUAUCGACGAACGUGCGCGGCCUCCUCAUCUUCGACGUCAACCGGAGGUCCGCCGGCGUGCAGACGACGUCGGCGCUCGCGCAGCGGCGGCGCUGGCGCGACGGGCCGAACGGCUUCGGAUUGCGCCUCAAGGCGGAAGGCGUGGGCCUCCUCGCGCAGUGCCUCCCGCGGCAGUUGCGGGUUGCAAGCCCUAGGGCCGUCAAAAACCUCGACUGCGACUUCGGCGGCGUGGCCAACAACCAGCCCAUCUACCAGGGGCCCAACGUCAAGUUGGACGGCGAGGGCCUCGUGGGCGACGCCACGACGCGCGAGUACUCCCGACCGGCCAAUGUAGGCAUUGCGCGCGUGCUCCAGACUUUGAGCAGCGGCGACCACGUCGUCUUGCAGGUCUGCUGUUUCGGCGAGGAGGUCGUCGAGUACCCGACCGACGGUGGGACCUGGCGCGACGAUUUUGGGCGGGCGGCGGUCCACUUCCUAGCGACGUACGACGCGGGCGUCUACGACAAGCACGUGGCGCCGAAUCCCAGAGAGUGGGCGCGCAACUGGACGCGCCACCUCCUCGAGGAGGACGGCUGCGGCGGCGUUAUCUACGGCCGGCCCUGCAGCUUAGUCGUCAACGGCGAGACCUACGGCCGGUGCCCCUACACGGACCCGCUCUUCUGCCUCCUCGCAAAUUCUUUAGAUAGAACCGUGUGCCGCGUCGCAUUGGACUUGGACUACCGCUGGGACCGCGACCAGCCGCGGGACGACACGUCCGUUCUACCGGCGUGGGCCGGCAACCGGGACUGGCGCGAGGCGCUCCUGCGGGCGGCGACGCCGCACGCUGACGACGCCCUGCGCAUCGCCGAAGUCGAGAUCCUGCCGCGCGUCGCGGCCGCGUUCGCGGACGAGGACGGCGACCCCUGUGCGGCGCUGCGCGAGGGCUACGCCGCCGUGGCGCUCGGCGCCGAGACGAUGGGCCCGGGCCCCUAUUUAGCUGGCGUCCGCCAGCGCUACGUCGAUACCGUCGCGCCGACGGUCCUCGAGGAGCUCGGCCGCGCGCGACGCUUCGUGAUCGAGACGUACAACGUCCACGACCUCGACGCCGGGCCCGUCAGCACGCGCUACCGUUUCGAGCCGCGGACCGGGCUCGACGACCUCCUGGGCGCGCCGGACACCUCGCGGCUGCCGCCGGUGCCGAGGGCGUCGUCGCCCGGGCGCGGCGGCGUGGACGCGCUGACGAGCGCCCUCGCGGCGUCGCCCAGCAACUUCCAGGCGUCGUCGGACGACGACGACGCGGCGCUGCCCGAGGUCCCCAAGUCGCGCACGCGCCGCCGCCGCCGGGCGCGCCGCCGCCGCCCGCCGGACGGCUCGACGCAGCCGGACUCGACGGCUCGGUCGCUGGGCGCGGGCGGCUUGCCGCCGGUCCUCUAGUCGCUGGCGCGGCACCCUUCCCCUUUCCCGCUUCGCAGAGUCUGUGCAACUCAGCGUCGUGUCGACGGCAUAUCUGUUGAAUUAAUGAUAU